AAACGUUUACGGUAGUUCUGUUCGCCAUCGAUUGGUACUGUAUUGUUUCACAAAACACAAAUCGACACAAUGGGCAACGAUGCGAACGAUGUUUCGAUCGUGUAUGCCAGCGAUACGGUAGAUUUCGGGACGAUCCCGAUGGCAAAGMCUUCCAGGAUCGAUCGCCACGAAACCACGUCGGAGAAUUCCGGAGAAGACGGCACCGCCACCGCCGUCCCCGACGGAGAAUCCUACGGGGGCAGCACCCAGAGCGAAAGCGACAGCGAGAUCCUGGGCCACGCGCAAUCGAACCCAACCCCGAGGCCGAUCGCCACGGAUCACCACUACCACCACCACUACCGGUCCCAUCCUCCGCAGCACGCGGGAUCCCUCUGGUACCACUGCGGCAACGGCAGCAACCCCGAAAGCAAUGGCUCCGACCCGAACAAGAUCGACAACCGCGGGCUGGAAUACAUCCCCGUUCGGCUGGCCUGUGGCCCCACCGCGUACUGCAGCCCCGACGUGCUCAGGCACUGCCCCAUGGUCCUCCGGAGCGUCCAGGCCGAUCUGGCGGGAAUCCUGCGGAUCCUCCCGGCGUCCGUCCACUCCCUCGUCCGCCGGACCAACCUCUGGCUGAACUGGAACGGGUACGCCUACGGCCCGCCCGCCCACCCCACCGUGCUGCGGCACAUCACGACCCACCACCACCCGGCCUGGCUGGUGGAAGUCGCCAACGACGCGCCACGCAAGGCGGGUGGAAUCGAAAUCUAUUCCUGCCUCGACUAYGCGAGGAUGCGCCUGCACUGGAACGGGAGCGGGUUGCUCCUCCACGAGUUCUGCCACCUCGUCCACCAGUGCUGCCUCGAGGACGGCCUGGACAACCGCACGGUGGAAGACCUUUACGAGGCAGCGAGCGACUCAGGAAGGUACGAAGCGGUGCUCCGACGGGACUGGGCGGGGAAGGUGGCCGCGGUGGAAGCCGCCAAAACCCCGGGCGUCGGCCACGCCGUUCCGUCCCAACCACCGGAGACCACCCCGAGAGACUUCGACCUGGCGUAUGCCAUGGUGGACAAAAAAGAGUUCUUUGCCGAGAUGUCGGUCGCCUUUUGGGCCAAGGGAUACCGCGCGCUGGACAAGGGCGAUCCGGGCGCCAUGGAAGCCUGCAGCCCGCCACUCCUGCACCCAGAGGUCACGGACCGGGUCCGGGUCCUGGCGGCGGAAGAACGCCGCCGGAAGCGCGAGCGGCAGCGCGAGCGCACCGGUGCAGACGAGAGGGAAACCGCCGCCGUCGUCCUCUUCUACCACUCGAUCGAACACGAGUACAAACUCCUGGAGGCCGACGACGACGGCGAGGACCGCGACACCGAAGAAGACCCACCCAAGAGGCACCUUCGUUGCUGCCGCGUGCACGACGAUUGCUGCUGGACACCCUUCCCGCCGUUCGUACACCGGUUGGCGAGAACCAUCGGUGAGGCGAUCGAACGGGGAGCGGCCGCUCUGGCCAUCGGCCACCGCAACCACCACGACGAAAACGACGAUUCGCGGCUGCGGCGAAUGAUCGAUCCGGUCUUUCGGGAGGACGCCCUCAGGCACAACUGUUCCACCAUUUCCCACUGCAACAAGUUUUAUCCGUUUACCCGCGGUCAGCUCUUCCAMCACGACCCCCUUCUCGCGGAGGCCAUGGGGGCGCUGUGGGGGGAGGUCCGGGCCUGGGAAGACCCGUGGGCCAGCACCCGCACCCGGAGGAGGGUGCAGCGGCAGCAGUCCUGCGCGGKGUGGUGCCCGUAGUAGCACAGCGCAGCGAGGCGCCACGGGCAUUGCGSRGAACGGCACGACAUUGUACUGCAGAGCACAGCACAGCACAGCASGAAACACCCACGAAUCCGCGGCACGGCAAAACGAAAMAGGGCGGGCAACCGAGCCACGUCGGUGCGGUGCGGUGCUGCACUGCACUGCACUGCAUGGCAAUGCCAAAACAACGAGCUGGCUUCGUCGCAAUGCGGUGCACGACAACAGCAACGGCAAGAAUAGCAAUAUUCUUCACGGUGCAUAUGCUGCCGUGCCGUGCCGUGCCGCGAUGCCCUGCCAAUUGUGCCUGCCUCCAUGGUUGGUUUGAAAAUAAUUUGAGUUGCAACGA